GGCACGCAAUUUCUGGUAGAUAAAGAUGCGUAGAGUGGAGUCCGGACUCUGAGCUCCAAAUUCGAUAGCUUUCAUAUUCCAUCAUGCCCAUCUUUAAAACCCCCUUCAAUGGCUACUCCGUCAAGUUCAGCCCCUUCUACGAGUCCCGCCUCGCCGUCGCCACCGCCCAAAAUUUCGGAAUCCUCGGCAAUGGCCGCUUGCACGUUCUCGAUCUCAACCCCACCGGCCCAAUUACCGAGCACUUCGCCUUCGACACCGCCGACGGAGUCUACGACGUCUCCUGGUCCGAAUCUCACGAUUCCCUUCUCGUCGCCGCAAUCGCCGAUGGUUCCGUCAAGCUCUACGACCUCGCUCUUCCCCCCACAUCUAAUCCCAUUCGAUCCUUCCACGAGCAUACUCGCGAGGUUCACUCCGCAGACUACAAUCCAGUUCGCCGCGACUCCUUUUUGACUUCUUCUUGGGACGAUACCACCAAGCUCUGGACCCUUGACCGGCCUACCAGCGUCCGCACAUUCAAAGAGCAUGCCUAUUGCGUCUAUUCUUCCGUUUGGAACCCUCGUCACGGUGAUGUAUUUGCUUCCGCUUCCGGCGAUUGCACCGUUCGAAUUUGGGACGUGCGAGAACCAGCCUCCACCAUGAUAAUUCCGGCUCACGAUUUCGAAGUCCUAUCUUGCGAUUGGAAUAAGUACGAUGAUUGCUGUAUUGCCACGGCUUCGGUCGAUAAAUCGAUUAGGGUUUGGGAUGUGAGGAGCUACAGGACUCCGGUUUCUGUAUUGAAUGGCCACGGGUAUGCAGUUAGGAAAGUGAAGUUCUCUCCCCACCGACAGAGUUUGAUAGCGUCCUGUUCGUAUGAUAUGACUGUGUGUUUGUGGGAUUAUAUGUUGGAGGAUGCUCUUGUCGGGAGAUAUGAUCACCACACUGAAUUUGCUGUAGGAAUUGAUAUGAGCGUUCUUGUUGAGGGGCUGCUUGCGAGCACUGGAUGGGAUGAGCUUGUUUAUGUAUGGCAGAAUGGGACUGACCCAAGAGCCCCCUAAGAAAGGAAAUAUUUUGCUAUUUUCUUUUUAGUUUAUGAAUUUUGUUACAGUUCAUAGAUUUCAAGUGAAUAAGCCAUUUUAAUGCUACAGAGAAAUGAAAAUGCGCUACUUGUUGGAAAAAUAUGUGCCAAUUGAAGAUUGAACCGAGUGUGUUAUUAUAGUGGUGACUUUCUUCAAAAUUGAAUAUAAACUUCCUUUUGCUCUAGA